ACGAUGUCAACAAGAUUUUAGGUUAUAAAUGAAGAGAAUAUUCUGAUUUGUGAAUCUUUCUUUGAAAUGAAACUAUUAAACAAUACUCUUAUUAAUUUCAUGCACAAUUGAUAGCAUACUGUAGCUAUAAUGGCAUUAGUGAAAUCUACAAAUGUGCCAAAAGACGCUGUGGUUGUCGACGAAUUUGAGGCUGCCUCUUAUGCUUGGGAUCUCAUUUCUGAAUGGGAACCUGCAUCAGAUACAUGGGCCUUGAGGUAUUCUAUUGGUGUACUUGGAGGACUCAGUUCAGUUUCUGGAAUGAUAAUAAAUAAUCACUUCAGAAAGAAACUAAAGCUCGGCACUUACGGGCAUAUGUCCUCUCUGAUACCAGUAUCAUUGCUACCUGGUAUAUUUACAGCACUUUUUCAUAGGCAUAGUGUAUCAACACACAUGCUCUUAAUGAAGGCGGAGACCUGCCCCUUGUGCUAUGAGUUGCGUUCUGGUGCUAUCCAGUUGGCCAUAGGCAUAGCCUACCCAAUGGUACUUGCCCCUACAUCAGCCCUGAUGUAUGCCAACAGAUACAAUACAUACCGCCUGCCCAAUUUAACUUCAAAGCCUUUGGAACUAUUGAAAUUUGUGUACAAGCUAUCUAAGCCACUGUCUGCUACUCUCGUGUUCUGUAGCACCGCACAUGUGGUGGCCUCAGCAGUCUUGACCCAUUAUGAAAUGAAGAAUCAUUUGACAGUUCGCAGAAAAAUGUUGGAUAUUGAAGCUAAAUUUGAUGCAGAAAGAAAUAGGAAGUAAUAUUUUAU